GCAACUGAAGCAGCAGCUGGUUGAUAUGCUUUAAGCGUGCGACGGUGCCGAUGCUCUGUGAUCCUGCGCCUCUACUUGGUCGGAUGCUAGUCGUUGCUGGGGACACCCGUAAACACACACACACGCACUCCUGCCUCCCAGCUUCUCUGAGACACAUCCCAACCUCCUCUUUCUCCCAAUACGCCAAUUGCUUUUGCUCUGACCUUGACUCUCGCCCAUCUGACCCGGCAAACUUCAGCAUCCCUCCUCAUCUUUCCCCUCAUCUCAGAAUUGUGUUGUUGUGUGUGUUUUUUUGUGUCGUGAACAACCAUUGCCAUUCUAUCCUAUCCUAAACCAUCCGUCCAUUCAUCCAUCCUUCCACCCACCCGUCCUUCCCACUGGCCCUUGCAACCAACCAAGCCAAACCGACCUCGGGACCAGCCAAACAACACAACAUAACACAGCGCACACCCCUCCACCUCGCUCACUCCGGCCCGCCUAUCAGCAAUCUGCAUGCACUGACAGCUGCAACGCAUUCGCCUCGCAUAUCCGAACAGCAGCCAGUGCCAGUAUUUACUUGCGCUCGCUCCGAAAUACCUCGACUCACCGGGCAAGGACAACAAACAUCAGUCACUCCUCCCUACACUUGACCAGCUUCUCUCGCGGCCUGCAAUCCCGCCUGCUCGACCUGCCUGCACCCCGGACUGGACCGAACCUGUCCCCCGGCCAAGCUACCCGUGCUUAAGCGUGGUCUGGCCCCGCCGUUCACUGGCAACCGCAUGCGAGAGACCAAGGAACCUGAGGGGAAAAAAAAUCCAUGAGCAUGGCUUCGUCCUAUAGCUACCGCAACUCGUACUACAGCAACAACCAGCCGCUCCACGACGAAAAGUAUUAUGAGAGUGGCCGCAAAACGCCAAGCAGCACCAGACGGCAGCAACGGUCAAGUGAUGGGACUAUCAGCACCAUGAUGAGCAAUUCCACUUCCGGUCGCGAAUCAUCAGCAACAGCCAUGACCGACGCCCCCGCCUACUCCAAGAAGAUUGUCGUCGUCGGCGACGGCGGCUGCGGGAAGACGUGCCUCUUGAUCAGCUACAGCCAGGGUUACUUUCCAGAGAAAUACGUCCCGACGGUCUUUGAGAACUACAUCACGUACCCUACGCACCGCCCUUCCGGUAAGACCGUCGAGCUUGCCCUGUGGGAUACCGCAGGCCAAGAGGAGUACGACCGCCUGCGACCGCUGUCCUACCCAGAGACCGACCUCAUCUUUGUCUGCUUUGCCAUCGACUGCCCCAACUCACUCGACAAUGUCAUGGACAAGUGGUACCCAGAAGUCCUGCACUUCUGCCCUUACACGCCACUCAUCCUUGUCGGCCUCAAGUCCGACCUGCGCUACAAGAAGACGUGCAUCGACAUGCUCAAGACUCAGGGCCUGACACCUGUAACACGAGAGCAGGGCAUUGACGUCGCGCAGAAGAUGAACGCCCAGUACAUGGAGUGCAGCAGCAAGGAGAUGAAGGGCGUCGACGAGAUCUUCGAGCAGGCCAUCGUCACCGUCGUCUCCAACGACCGACGGAACCUCGAGGCCCAGGCUGCGCAGCGUCAGUCCUCAAGGCGGGACAGCACCCACCUCGGCGGCAUCCCCGGUGCCGCCGGCAUCCGCAAGAAGAAGAGAAAGUGCAAUUUCCUGUGAGCGGGUGAGCGCUCCAAGCAGCAAGCAGCAAGCAGCAAGCAACCUGCAUAAAGCACAACGCGCAGAGCCUUUUGUCGCUCACUCAUAGGCGGGCCGCCCCGAGCUGUCCCGCGAUACGCCAUGUGUGAUGAGAUGACGCAUGAACCGAUAUGACCAACGCUUACCUUGAUGGAUUCGGUACGGCACGUUUUCUUGACUUCAUCACGAGACUGAAUGAAGAAUGCAAGAGGAUUGGGCGGGCUUUGAGAGGCCAUGAAUGAUCAAGACGAGCGACGACGAGCGGAUGAAUGAUGUACGAAACGGUGGACAGGGAGGGUUGGUGCUAGAUGAGUCCACAGCGGAGGAUAAGGCUUCUCUUUUUUUUUUUCUUUAACACUGCAGCCUCAUAUUCGCAUACUCACAUCGCGUCAUCUUUUCCCUUGUAUGUUGAUGAUACCUCCCUCUCUGGCGGAAGGAGGGCAACAAAUGGAUGGCCCUCAAGGUGUCUCUCCUCGGGCUGGCUCGAUGCCAAAGGAGGCGCCUCCUGAGUCGCUGUCACUGAACACCCCCGAUCGGGUGCGAUCCCACACCGUCUGCCUGUCACACGAUCGGACGGACGGACGGUUUUUACUUGUUUCUAUGGGAUAUAUUGAGUCGUGGUUUUGCAAUGCAUGGAAUAGGAAACGUCAGGAGUUCAUCUUCCUCAAUCGAGAUUAAUCCUUCUUGAGAAAA